AUUAUAACGGAUGUGCGACGUCGGCUCGAGACACUAGCACCCCAAGACCGCGUGAGUUGAGUGACGAGUGACUCACGGACAAACAUGAUCCCAGCUAACGGCCUGCCCACCUUCUUGGCUAUUUUGGUAUUAACAGGUACUGUCACUGCCAUACCAAUCACGCAAGAUGAAACAACGCCCUUGACCCCUGCCUUGACAAGGGGAGGUAACCCUGCGGCCAACAUCCUGUCAUCCAUCCGUUCCGCCCUGGGUGUUGGUAAUGAUGCGACCACUCUAGCAGAAAAAGUUGCAGAUAUCGCCGACGACCUGACGGAAGCGGAUGUCGAUGAUCUUCUAGAUGACGGCGACGAACCUGCUGACGAACCAGAUGAUGACAUGCACGACGACCUUACCGAUAUGGACAUUGAUGAUCUGUUUGAUGAAGACGAUUAUGAUGAAGAUAGGCAAGGCGAUGGUAGAUCGAUACUCAUGACUGAUGAUGGCAGAGAAAAGACAUCUGCACAUGACGACAUUUGGGAUGAUCUGACUGAUGCCGAUGUUGAUGACCUGCUGGAUGAUGACAGCCAUGACGACUACCACGACGAUCACAGCGAUGAAGAGGAACACUCCGAUGACAUGGGGGAAGAUCUGACUGAAAUAGAUGUUGAUGACUUGUACGAUGAUGAAGAUGAGGACGAUGAAGAUGAUGAGGACGAGGAGGACAGCGUCUAUAACAGGAUGAAGGAAGUCCGUGACAACAUCAGAGAAAGGCUAGCAGAUGCUAGCAGCAAUGGAGGUGGCGAUGACAGAUCCGAUGUGGAGACCAAUAAGGGGUCUUCAUCUGACAAAGAUCUUGAUGAUUUCCUUGGGGAUAUCGACAGAUUGUUGCUCGAUAUGGAGAGCAGCGAUGACGAGGGGGAUGAUCAACUUGAUGAAGACUUUGACAAGUUCAUGAAGGAUUUCAAAUCUCUUGCUGCCAACGGCAGCAUCAGAAAAACUAUCGACAUAUCCGAUGACGACAUUGAUGAAUUGUUUGAUGAGGUUGAUGAUGACAUGGAGGAAGGUGGUGAAAAAGCUACUCUUAAGGAGAGGGUGGCUUAUAUGAAGGAAAGACUAGCACAGAUGAAAUCCCUUAAUGGUGAUGAUAGUGAUACUAAAGAAGGUUCUAGUCUGCAGGAAAACUGGCUUGAUAUGAAAGAAACAAUAGCAGAAAUGAAUGAAGGCAAGGCAAUGAUGAUGAUGAUGAUGAUGAUGAUGAUGAUGAUGAUGAUGAAAACAAUAAUCUCAACGAACGGAUCGAAGACAUGAAAGAAAGAAUUGAAGAAAU